AUGGGUUUUGAUCAAAUCAAGGGACUUUAUGCUAAUGAUGUUAAUUUUGGCAAGAUUUUUGUAGAUCGUAAGUUGGGUCCUUUUGAGAGGUUUAAUCUCCAAGAUGGGUAUCUCUUUAAGGAAAAUAAGUUGUGUAUCCCUAAUUGCCCUUUACGUGAAGUAUUUGUAAGGGAAGCACAUUGUGGAGGACUUAUGGGUCACUUUGGAGUCCCACAGAUACUAGACAUACUUGCUGAAAAUUUCUUUUGGCCUGGAAUGAGAAAAGAUGUUGAAAGAAAGACAAAGGCCGAGAUGAAGAAAAUAAUUCAUGAGCAAACAAGGCUUGCAAUUGAGAAGAGAAAUGAGCAAACUUCCUUGAGAAAGAAUAAGGGUCGAAAACAAGUUAUUUUUAAACCUGGAGAUUUAGUUUGGGUUCACUUUAGAAAGGAGAAAUUUCCUUCCAAAAGGAAGUCAAAGUUGCAUCCUAGAGGAGAUGGUCCAUUUCAAGUCCUUGAAAGGAUUGGAGAUAAUGCUUACAAGCUGGACCUUCCUGGUGAGUUUCAAGCUGAUCGGAGUCUGCGACAGAAAGAGAGUGUUACACUAGAGCGGUUGAGAAUUGACUUUGAGGACCUAAAAUUGGAUGAUGUUGAAAGUUUACAAGGAGUUCCUUAUCUGGCAAUUGGUAAACAUCUUUGUGGGCCUGCUACAGAUAUGACUUUAAGAUGUUGCAUCGGGGAACAAUGUGAUGAUUCUCCUUCUGAAUCGACUUGCCACAUGAUCGGCCUAGCUAUAGCUACAUGCUGUCAUCAUCUUUGUCAGUGGAAGCAUUACAUAAAUAAGCAAUAUAUGUUGAAUUCGGGAAUCAGCAAGGAUGAUUUCAAUGCCAUGACAUGGUUUACCAGCUGGGCCGUCGAUGCAGAUCAUGGUUCAGACCUUAGUGGCACUGAUUGGUCUUUUGAUCUACAGAUCAGGGAAAAUGAGCAUGUAGAAUCUGAUCUAAAUACAUAUGAAGUCAGAGACAUGGUGAAAGAUAUGAAGGCUGUGGAUAGAGCCGUCGUAGGGUUGAUGUGUAAGGAUAUUAUAGAUGUUGGGAGGUUUAUGUGGCUCAAGGAACAUGGACUUGAAUGUGAGCUUGUCAAGUAUGUUCAGUCAAAUAUCUCUCCAGAAAACCGUUUGUUGGUCGGUCGGCAGAAAAGCUGAGUGAUAACGUGCUGCUAUACACUGCA